UUUACAGUGUAAACAAGCCAUUAAUCUUUGACACUUCAAAACAAAUAAUAAAAUUGUUGUUGUUAUUUAUUUGUUAAAUGAGUAAUGUCAAAUAAAAAAUAUAAUUAUUAAAUUAUAAUUUAUAAAAAAUGUUGAAGCCAAAAGCACUAACACAAGUUCUUAGUCAAGCAAAUACUGGAGGUGUUGAAAAUACACUAUUACUCAGUAGAGAUGGAGGUCUGUUGGCAUACAGUGGAUAUGGUGAUAAUGAUGCUCGAGUAACUGCAGCAAUAACAAGCAAUAUUUGGUCAGCAUAUGAAAAAAAUGGUAGAAGUGCAUUCAAAGAAGAUAAACUGGAAUUUAUCCUGAUGAAUUGUCAAAAUGGAAAAGUCGUCAUUACUGAAGUUGCUAAUUUAUUGCUGUGUCUGUAUGCCAAGGAGAAUGUUGGUUUUGGUUUGCUCAGAGAAAAAGCUCAAGCACUUUCAAAGUAUCUUGAACAACCAUUAAAAACCAUUGCCAGUAUGCCAUAAAUUCUCUACCAUUAAAUAAUACAUUUUUUUGUCUUUGAUAACAAUUGUUUUUUUAAAAUUAUUAUAUCGAGAAAUUAAAUGGAUUAAUUUUAA